AUGAUCGGAAGAGCUCAGAGGAAACUAAAUGCUGCUAAUAAGAGGGGUGGUGACCCUUGGGAACAUGUGGAGGAAUACAAGAUGUUCGACCUCAAGGGUUCGACGAUGGAAACACAUGAAAAUAUAUGUGAUGAAGCGAGUCCUUGUCCCAUCAUAGUCUUGCUGUACGCUAGGAUGGGCCUUCAUCGUUACAAUUUGCUGCAGGGUACCAAGCUUGCUCUGAGUCGCGUACAGAAAUACGUAAACGCACGGGCUGGUGGCGUUGCUGCUGGCAGUUACUACAUAACUUUGGAUGCUAUGGAUCCAGCCGUUGGCUCUUCUUCGCUUCAUACUUUUCAGACUCAUGUAACCGAAGAAUCUUUUGGCUGUUUUAUUCUCACGUCCAAUAUUGCAAGAAUUCGAGGUGACUCCUCCGCUGGCAGAGGAGAGAUUUUGCUAGAUCAUAGCUUGCCUGAGUGGCCGGCAGAGAAUCCUUUUGAAAAAUAUUACCUGGUGAAGGAACCAGACAAUGAGUGGAUUCGUCUGUAUAUGGAACUUGUUGUUGUCACAAACGAUUGGGACAGGAAAGCUGAGGAUUUUGGUCCCAAAUUGGAGAUUGUGAAGGUGGCCAUGGAUGCGAAUGGGGAGGGACCGGAUGCCUUAAAUGCGGUUUUCUACCUAAGGUUCAAGGACUUGUACGAGGCUCAGAUUGGUAAGGCUUUGGACCGUUUUGCUAUUGUUAGAAGACGCUUCAAUGAGGAAAAGGGAUCCUUUAGUCUCGUUGGCUCUGAAGUUGAACCGAAUGUGGACUCCCAAAUGAAAGCUCUUCACCUCUAG